AUGAAACAAAGAUUGGCACUCCCUUUUGCUUUUGAAGCUAAAUUGCUAUCAGAACAAAAUGAGUCUAAUUUGCUUAGUAGUAAAAUUCAAAAUAGCAAAUUAAUGUAGUAUCGAUCUGCUCAGUUUUAAGCUGAUUUUUGGUGUUUACCUACUAAUGAUAAAAAAUAAUUAAACUACGAAAAGAAAAACGAUUUCAUAAGGAGGUUUAUUGAUAAUAUGCUUGAUCACAUUCGAAAAGUCAAGAAAUUAACCAACUUUCACAUAUCACUAAUUGGCGACUAAGGAGCCUCUGAAGAGGUUUUUGUAAAAAGGAAAUCUUCUACGCUUCAUCAUUUAAAUUAGUAACAAUUGAAGUUUUUUUAAAAUGUUAAAAAAUCCAUAAUUAUUUAAUUAGAAAAGUUACCACUUAUACACCCUGGUUAAUACAUUAAAGUGAUUUGGGAUAUUAUUGCUGUGACUGCUCGUUUAUACUUUUUAUAUAUAAUCCCUAUAGACUUGGCAUGGGUUAAUCAACAAUUUAUAUUCCAUGACUUGAGCUACAUUUCAAUAACAUUUUUACUUAUAUUGGUUUUUGAUUUGCUAUUGAGUUUGAAUACUAUAUAUUUUUAAAACGGAGAGGCAGUGGAAUCUAGAGUUCAUAUAAUAAAAAAUAGCUUGUAUAAUACUUACGGAUUGCAAUGGCUCUCAGUGUUUUAAUUAUUAAUUUAUUUCGUUAUUUCAGCUUUUACGGAUAUUUCGUUGGAUAUUUCCAAUAAUAUAUUUAAUAUAGGUUUACUUAUAUUUUUAGUUCACCAUAAGACAAUUAUCAACUAUGCCACUAAUUACGAAGAAGGUUUGAAUUUGUCAAAGCAAACCUCAACGAUAUUAGCCUUACUAAAAUUGAUAGCAUUUCUAUUCUAUGUGAUUCAUUUAUUUUCCUGUUUUUGGUUUUGGGUUGGUAGAUAUAGCAUAGAUAAUUAUGAAGGGAAGAGUUGGCUAGUCUCUACUAACAUGCUUGAAUAGACUUUUAAUACUCAAUAUCUUCAAGCUUUCUAUUAUACCGCUGUUACGAUGUUUACAGUUGGUUAUGGAGAUGUAACGCCAUAGUCCAAUAUUGAAAAAAUAGUUUCAGUUAUUUUAAUUAUGAUAUCAAGCAUCCAAUUACCAUAUAGCAUUAACACUGUUGGUACAAUUAUAACAGAAAUUUCUGCGUUUUCAGAAGAAAAAAAAAGAAAAUUAAGAAUCAUUAACUCAUAUAUGAAUAAAACUUCCUUGUCCUCUGGUCUAUAAGUUUAAGUAAGGAAAUAUCUUUCUUAUUAUUGGGAAAAUAAAGUCGUUUCUUAAUCUGAGGAGGAAAAAGAAAUUAUAGAUUCCUUAUCUGAAUUCCUAAGACAAUAAUUGAUUAAUGAAGCUCAUCAAAAUAUUUUUGACUAAUGUACUUUGUUUCGGAUACCUUUUACUGAAUAAUUCAAAAAGCAAUUAAUCAAAGAGGUUGAAGAGGUUCUCUUAUCUCCAGAAUAGGAUUUGAAAUAAUCCAACGAUAUCUUAUUGUAUUAUAUAGAGGAAGGCUCUGUAUAAAUAUGUUUAUAAUAAGGAAGAAAAAUAAACCUAGGGAUAGUUAACAAAGGAGCUUCUAUUGGAAUGAAAAAUUUUAUUACAGGCACUGAGUCUCUUGAAACUUUGAAGAGUGUUGGAUUCACAAAAGCUAUGUUACUCAAAAGAAGGUGCUUUUUAAAGAUAUUGCAAGAUCAUCCUGAAGACUAUGAAUUAUUUUGUUCCAUUAGAGACAAAUUAAUAUUUCAAAAGGAUGAUCAAUAUUUUAAUGUGAAAUGCUUUUCUUGUGGAAAAGAAUCUCACAAAUUAAUUGAAUGUCCUUUGAUUAAAUUUAUACCAGAUAAAGAAUUCAUAAUUAAACAAUAUUUAUAUCCUAAAGCUUAAGAAAGAGUAGAAUUUGCAAGAACCAGAAGGAAGGUUUAAAGUUUAAAUCAAAAUAGAAAAAAGUUAGAAUAGUGCGCACUAUUAAUUUAGAAGGACAAUCCCUAAUUAUUUUAAUUAUAUAGAUUCGAUAAUAUUUUGAAUAUAGAUGAAGAAUAGUUAAAGCAAUACAUAAAAAGGUCUAAUACAAUCCAAAAUAUAAAUACUCAUAAACCAAAAAUUAAAAAGAAAAUUAUCUCUGCUUUUGAAUAAAAUCAAGAUCCGAUAAAGAAAAAAUUUAGAUAAUUAGUAAAUAAAUUAAUUUCGAUAAAUAAAAUAUACCCUUAUUUUUUAAUAUAAACGUAUGUAGAAUUUGAAAAAAUGAUUGAAUAAAGAUCUAUUUCAUUAACUCUAUAGAUUUUGGAAUAAAGAUUAAAAAAUAUCCAUUAAUUAGAUAAUAAACGAUUUGAUAUCUACCUAAGUGAUAUCAACUUUAUCAUCUCCAAGUUAUCCAAUAAAACAUAUAUAGACGAUUAAGAAUUUGAAAGUCCUCAAAGUUAUAAAUAUUAUUUUAGGAAAGAUAAUUUUUCAAUUGUCAAAUAGAAGAAUUUUUUAUAAAAUCUAAAUGUUUUGAAAAAAUUUAUACAUUAUGUUCAAUACCCAGGGGAUUUAAUUUAGAGAUUCAAUUUAACUCAAAUCGGAAUGUUGUUAGUGGUAAAUAAGAGAAGACAAAACUUUUGUCUAUCAGCAGUUUAGCCAAUUAAGUGA